AAGCGGAGGGAGGAAGAGCGAAAGCGGGAUGGUUGGGGGAGGAUGGGUGAAAGGGGUUCAGUAAAACGCUAGAAAAAAAAUAAGUGAUUGGUCUCCCCUCCCCUCUGCCCUCCCUUUGACCAAAACUUCUGACAUUUCGAAAAUCCUCUCAACACUUCAACACCAGCAGAAAUGAGCUCCUGAACAGCACCAGAUGUAGACCUUGACGGAUUAGACUUAGCAUUGAUUUUAAGUAGGUAAUUUGGUGAUUAGUUUUGGGUGAGUGUUUACGGGACAGCAGCAGGAGGAGGGGAUGAUGAUGAUGAUGAAGUAACGCUGGGCGUUUACUGCGCCGCUCCAGAAUUCUUCGCCCACACACCAACUCUUUUGGUGGCUUGGUCAAGAUGUGAGCGGAUGAUUUCUUUUGUUUUGUCACUGUGGACUUCCUGAUUUUUUUUUUUUUUUUCCUUAAAGCACAUUUUCCUCUACGUUCUGGGGCCAAUGGUAGAUUUUCAGGUCUGAUCUGGAUAAAUCACUGAAGCCUGAUGAAGAAUAAGGCUGCCAAGCUCAAGUCCAAAAGGAAAGGAACUGACAAUGCUUUCGGCUGUGACUUGAGUGAACAUCUGCAGAGUUCGGGACAAGACGUUCCUCACGUUCUGAAGACCUGUGCAGAGUUCAUCGAGAAACAUGGGAUUGUGGACGGAAUCUACAGACUCUCAGGAAUCACAUCUAACAUCCAGAAACUCAGACAGGAGUUUAGCUCUGAACUCUGUCCUGACCUCACUAAAGAAGUGUAUCUUCAGGAUAUCCACUGCGUGGGCUCUUUAUGUAAGCUGUACUUCAGAGAGCUGCCCAACCCGCUUCUCACUUAUGAACUCUACAGCAAAUUUACACAUGCAGUGUCAGUUAAAGAGGAGCAGGAGCAGCUGCGAAACAUCAGGAGUGCCAUAAAAGAGCUUCCCGAGUCACACUUCAGAACGCUGGAAUACCUCACUAAACAUUUGGCGUAUUUAGCCACCCUCAGCCACCAAACCAACAUGCAUGCUCGCAAUCUUGCCCUGGUGUGGGCUCCUAAUCUACUUCGUUCCAAGGAGGUGGAGGUGCCCUCUUGCAAUGGAGAUAUCGCAUUUCUAGAAGUUCGGGUCCAGCAGUCGGUUGUGGAGUUCAUCCUCAAUCACACCGAGCAGAUCUUCAACCUGGAGUUUCAGCCUUCAAAGGCCAGAGACGGCCCUAGCAUGGCCUGUGGGGAGAAGUACGCCACCUUGCCUGCCAGCACACAGUGUGGGCCCAUGAAGCUCAUGAGUCUGGAAGAAGCCCAGGCUCGAUCUCUCAGUCCAAACCAUCCAGUAAUGAAAGAAAGACAAAGAGAAAACAGCCUUCCAGACACCAGCACUGCUGCAAUGUAUCACACAGUAAUAGAUCUCUCCGACAGCAGAAGAAAGUUCUCAGGAAAAUCAAAGAAGUGGAAGUCCAUUUUCAGUCUCGGGCGAUCUGUCAUCGACUCUAAAGGGAAACUGAGUCGCAAUGGGAGUGUGUUUAUGAGAGCCCAAAAUUCUUCAGAAAAGACUGCUAUCCGGCCAUCCAAAAGCAUGGACUCUCUCUGUUCUUUUCAAGCACCAGAUGAAGACAAAGCAGCAGCAGAAGGAGCCAACGGCAUGUUCAUCCCAAUUCACAAGUCCCGAACCCUGGGCUCAGAUAUCAACUACCUGAAUAAAAAAGAUCCAAAAUGGGACUUGGAAUCUCAGACGGCUUCAGGAGGAUCCCUGAACGAGAAACGAGAAGGAGCGUCGAACGCAUCUUCGUCGUCUUCAUCACCAUCAUCAUCUUUAUCUCCACUGCAGAAGAGUCUUCCAGAACAGCUGAAGGUUUUUAAAGGUGAUGAGCGCGGCGGCUGCCAGCCCACGUCUCCCAAAAACCGCCGGAUGCUGUAUUCUGGAUCCGCCAACAAUGGAUCCUCUAGACCGUCUUUUCCAGGCAGCCUGUUUCCACUGGAGUCCUCGCCACGGCAUCAGCGCAAGGCCCUCAACAUUUCAGAGCCGUUUGCUGUGUCUGUGCCUUUGCGUGUGUCUGCUGUGAUUAACUCAAACAGCACCCCCUGCAGGGCACCUGGGAAAGAGCGGGACAGGGGUUUAGGGGGACUCUUUAGGCCCAGUAAGGAGGCGGGACCUCUGGAAGGCCAUCGCAGGGAAAGCAUGGGCGCUGCUGGAUUGUGCGGCGCUGGAAACUUCAGCUUCACAGACUGGGAGACGGGACUGGCAGGUCGUGCCAUCGGUUCUGGGCACAGAGAAAACAGCAGCGGAGGCAGCGGAUGCAGUAUCUAUAGCAACAGCAGCUCUUUCCCCAUGGAAAAUGAGGAGCAGAGUGGGGAAGGGGAUUUUACAGAUGCGAUCGCUAUGGCGACAACAAAGAGCAAGGAUGCAGAAGUGAGAGAGCUGAUAGCCACUGUGGAGAAUUUCCAACCUCAAGCGUCAUCCGAGACUAAAGCAAUAGGGGAAGAACUGGAAACCACAUCAACAAAACAGGAAAUGGCAAAAUUGGACAAACUGGAAUUAAUCGACAAGGUGCCUUCAUCUGGGAUGCAUGACAAGGUUUCCAUCACUGAGGUGAAAACAACAAAUAUGCCAAAUGACGGAGUAAAACCCUGCAUCACCAAGAUAAAUGGAAAUCAGGGCAACCUCAAGCUUAGUGCUCAAGCACGGCGAAGUAGUUUGCCCUCAAACACAGUUUCAUCAAAGGGACUGUUUAUAGACCUCACCAAAAACGUAAUGUUCGAUCAUCCUGGUGCUACUACCUUUAAUUCUGUCAUGAAGCAUAUGCCUGAAAGAUUGCUGUCAUGUGACGGUGACUGGAAUUACUUGGAUAGUGAUUCUGACAGGACGGAACACAAGGCACGGAACAUUAUAACAACCAGUCUACAGCUUUCCCCGUUUCUCCAUCUAAAGGAAACAGAUAUUCUCCAAGACGCAGAACCGUGCAUUGAAGAGGAACCCAAAAUUGAUCUUUGUGAAAAAGACGGCACUUCUAAAAGUGACUCGAAAGAUAACACAAGUGUCUCUGUAAAAUUGGAUCUUCAUACUGAUGAGGAGUCAUUAAGAACAAGUGACAUUUGUGAGAAGGAAAAUAAGAAAGUUAGUGAUGAGCCCAGAAAACUGGACUUAGCAGGCAGAAUUAAGGGAAAUUUGGAAAGGCUCUCGACUUGUUUGAAUGAAAAGCAUUUGACGUUGGAAAUCCAAGAUGAUGUGGAUGCUUGCGGGAGUAAUUUGGAUCAGGUUGAACCAUGGGAGGAUUUGUGUUCUGCCCAGCAGUGGGUCACCAGCCCUCUUCACUCUCCAAAGCUUGAGGAUCUGUUUCCCACACAAAGAGAAAUUUUGCCAUGUCAGAAAGUUCACUGCCAAGUUCUGGAUAAACCAAACGCAGAUGAGUUACCCAACAGCAGGAAUCCUGAAGCUAAAGAACCAGCUGCGCUUGAUGAAAUUGCACCAACUCAAACCGAAGCUGCUGUGACGGCAGAACUCGGAAACUCUGACUUCCCAACAGGAAAGAAAAACGCAGACACAGAUGUAGCUUGUUUUGCGCAGAUAACGGCGCAUUUUGACAGGGAUAAGUUCAAGUUUGAAGGAGCCAAAGAUGACAUCAAACUGGAGAUUCCACAGGUUAAACAACUGAAGACGUUCAACGAUCCAGAGGAGACUACUGGAAUGCAAAACAUGAGCAAAGCGAAGCAGAAACGCUCUCAGAGAUUUCACAGGCAAACAUCCCAUGAGUUCUGCAUUAUGGAGAAGAGUCAAGGAAGCGGUAAACCCAAACUCAGGCCAUGCUCUCUAAAUCUCGAUUUAGGACAUCAAGGUUUCAGAGACAUCUCAAAUAGCCAGUAUCUGAAAAGUGGAAAACAAUGGAUGACACCUGAAGCCAAGGAUGGUAGUUCGUCUCUAGAAUUGGAGCUAUUCCUGAGUGGGCCCAAAGCACCAAUGCGACGUAACUCCGCGCCAGUCAGCGUAUCAUCAGUCCGUACUGCGUUCAUGAUCAAAACCUGCCAAGCGAAAGCCGUUCCUGUUAUUCCCCCAAAAAUUCAAUACAGCCACAUACCUCAUACUCUACCUGAAAGGAAAAACGCUGAGAAGAGCACUGAUCAGGUCAACAAAAGCACACCUGAGAAGAAACCCACCAAAAGCAAGUUGGGAAAAGCAAGUUCUUUAUUUCCCCUUCAGAAAGUCUGCAGGGAAGACCGGCAAAGCACUGAACCUCCAUCAGGCAUUCAAAGACACAAGUCCAUGAAUAGUGCGACGUGCAAUGAGAAUUACAAGCCAACAUCCAUUCCAGAUCUCCCGGUGUUGAGAAGAAAACGUUCUGCAAAUGGUGACACGUUUAUGGACCGUCCCAGACCAGAGCGCUCAUCGCUUCUUCAGAGAUCAUCUUUCAGAAAUCGUCCAAGACCUCAAAGUCUCAUCUUGUUCAGCCCACCAUUUCCUAUCAUGGACUACCCUUCAGUAGGAGAUGAUAAUAAGCAAGCUUUAUCCCCCAUUAAAGCUGAAACAUCACCGUUUGAUGCCUAUGCAAACGAACUAGCUGAAAACCUCAAAACUACUGAAGGGGUAACCUUGCGGAAUAAAAUGACCUUGCCAAAGAGUGGACAAAGGCUUGAGACCUCGACUAGCUGCUUCUAUCAGCCACAAAGGAGGUCUAUGAUAUUCGACAACAGAAGUAACAGGCAGAUAGAGUGAGAUAAGACUGACCUGUCAUCAAUAGUGAUGACUAGUAAAUAUCUUAUCAAAUGUGACCGAGUGUCGGUAUACUCUAGAACACAUGGCGUGAUGCUCGGAAAUCAAGGUGCCGUUAAAGGGAUAGUUCUCUCAAAACUGUGUUUACUCACCGUUUACUCGCCAGCUACACUGUGGCUCAGUGAUUAGCACUGUUGCCUCACAGCAAGAAGGUUGCUGAUUGCCUCUCAAGCUGGGCCAGUUGGCAUUUCUAUGUGUAGUUUGCAUGUUCUCCCCAUGUUUGCGUAGGUCUAAAGACAGUCUAAAGAAAUGCGCUAUAAGUGAAUUGGAUAUACUAAAAUUGGUGAACAAAGUCCAAUUGGUGGUUCGUUCCACUGUGGUUUUCCAUGAAAAAUAAGGGCCGAAGGAAAAUGAAUGUUUACUCGCCCUCAAGUGGUUCCAAAACAUACAAAACAAAUACUAUAGAACAGUGGUCCUCAACCUUUCUAUCACCACGGACCGUGUCAAUGUGUGACAAUUAUACCAUGGACCGUUGGGGCAGGGGCUGGGGGGUUUGGUUUUAUGGGUUUUGUAGGUUGCUAGGAAAAUGAGAAGCUGACACAACAUUGCUGCAGCGCUGACACAAGUUUUAUUUAUGGAAAAAAAUACAAAGCACUGCAGUGUUCGGGUGUUCUGUGUUUGUCUGGGAUAAUUGGUCUACCGAAUUGUGUAUAUUCCAUAUAAGCUAAAGCUUAUCGGUCAGUUACUGUCACGUGACUCGCGGUGCGCUCGCGGAAUUUAUUCACUAGGUGCGUCUGGAAGGCGCGAGCAUGUCACGCCGCUUGCAUGCACACCUCCAUUAGAAACAACUAACUUGUGCAAACUCUAGAAAUACGCGAUAUAGGAACGACCCCUAAAAGGCAGCCGUCAUUUGCGAUCUCCAGCAGUUGAUCUUCUUGCACAGCCAUGCUGGAUUCACCAAUAAAACUAAAGCAAAUUAAUAUGUUGGAGAAAAUAGUAAAUGCUAUUUUAAUUAACAGGAAUAAUCAAGACAACUUUAAAACAUAUAAAGUUUAGUUGAAAAUCUGUUGGCAAUAACUUGUAUUAAUUUAAAGAUAAGAUCUUUAUAUUCCUAAAGCACUUCAGUGACAAACUCUUAAUUUAAGGGAUAUAACUGUUUAAUAAAACUUUAAAUGUUUAAAUGCAUUUAAAGGCUUAAAUGCACCAAAAUAUAUUGGCUGUAUUCAUUGAGGUGAGUCAGAAUUAUUAGCCCCCCUUUGAAUUUUUUUCUUC